ACUUGUCAGUUGUAAUUGUAAUUUGCGUGUGACCUGUGACUAUCAAUAUUUGCAUGCACGAUAUUAUUUACUAAAGAAUAUUGCAAUUAUUAUACAAGAAAAACUGGAAAAUGUCGUCCACUAAAGCAAAAGAUCAAAAGCCGGAACCAGUAGUUUACAGUGAGGCUGCACUCAGAAACAAUGCUGUAGUUGUAGAGUAUUGUCGAACUUCUAUGGCCGCAUUAUCAGGAUCUACGGCUGGGAUUCUUGGCCUGACUGGACUCAACGGUUUUGCCUUCUAUGUGUUUGCAGUUGUUAGUCUGUGGGCUAUGUUCUUGAUAAAAGCUGGGCCAAACUGGCAUAAAUACUAUGUAUCAAGACAGAGUGUCUUAACCAAUGGUUUCUUUGGAGCAUUAUUUACUUAUGUACUAUUUUGGACUUUCAUAUAUGGAAUGGUUCAUGUGUAUUAGGAAAGAAUAAUAUUGCUAGUAAUAAUAAAUAAUCCUUUUUAAUUAAUUUUGUAUAAAAGAUUUAAAAACCUACAGAUAAAAUUCCAAUUGUUUAAAUGUAACAUUUAUUAUUUUGGACAAGAAUAGAUACAACUCAUUACUUAUUAUGCAAUAAAUUGGUAUUUAGGAUUAAGUACCUAAUUGCCAGUGAAAUUAAAGAUAUGGAUAUAUAUAAUAGAAAAAACAAACCUGUAGAGCCUAUUUCUAUGGGCAUAGGGGAUUCACUUCAAGUCUUAGAAUAACUUAAGAAAAAGGAAAACUGUACUCUACUGCCUUUUAAUGGUACUAUACGAGACAUUUAUGCGAUGCGAACACAAAUAUUAAUGUGUAUAUUAUAAGUGUUAUUAGGUUAAGGGAAAUGCUAGAUACUAUAUGGAUGCUUGGUUAUAUAAUUAUUUAAUACCAUAUAAGAAGGAGUUAAUAUAAAAAAAAGUAUGAGUUACAACUACAGUGGAAUCUGUUUAUAAUGACAUCGAAGGGAAUUUACAAACACGUCAUAAUAACCGGACGUGAUACUAAGCAUUUUGUGAAAAAAUAUAUAUAUAUAUAUACAUAUUUAUAUUGCAUGUUAUAAGUACAUACGAAACAUGUAAGUAUGUACUAUAUUUUUCAUAUUUUAAUGUAAGUACGCUGUAAUUUUUGUCUGCUUUUGUUUUUUUUCAUUUUUUUUGUAAUAACGGUCUCUAAUACUAUUGUGUAUAGAAGACAUAACUAUGGUCAAAUUAUCAAUUUCAAUAUAGCUAUGAACAAAUCUGAAGACGACCUUUGAGUGACAAUUACUUAGAUUAAAAACAAUGAGCCAGGAGCUGAACAUCGCUGCGAACAUUACCGAAGGUGUAAAGAAUCAUGUUGGUCACUAUAACCGGACAUAAUUUAUUAAAAAUAGGUCAUAAUAAGCGAACUGUCACUAUAAGGAAAGUCAUUAUAUCCGACUUUUUUACAAAAAAAAUUAUAUGAGAACCAAACUUCA